CGCGUGCGUGUGUCAGGCUCUGCCAACAUGGAGGGGAGUGGUAGUUGUUCCGUCCAGGACUCGGUCAAGGAGCUGCUUCUGGAUGAAUGCUAUACAGACUUCUUGAAAGACAAUUUUGAUGUGAAAACCUAUACUGCGCAAUCCAUUCAUCAAGCAGUUAUAGUUGAACAAUUAGCAAAACUUGCCCAAGGAAUUAGUCAACUUGAUAAAGAACUUCAUAUCCAGGUUGUUGCAAGGCAUGAAAAUCUUCUUGCUCAAGCUACUGGCAUAGAGUCUCUGGAAGGUGUUCUUCAGAUGAUGCACACCCGGAUUGCUGCACUUCAAAGCACUGUUGACAGGAUCAGAGGAAAGAUUGUUGACCCUUAUAAUAAGAUUGUUGCUCGUACUGCACAGUUGGCCAGAUUACAGGCAGCCUGUGAUUUACUUCGGAGAAUAAUCCGUAUAUUGUACCUAAGUAAACGGCUCCAAGGUCAGCUACAGGGAGGCAGCAGGGAAAUCACUAAAGCUGCUCAGAGUCUCAAUGAAUUGGAUUAUCUUUCACAAGGAGUUGACCUAUCAGGGAUUGAAGUUAUCGAAAAUGAUCUUCUUUUUAUUGCAAGAGCCCGACUUGAGGUAGAGAAUCAGGCCAAACGAUUGCUUGAACAGGGAAUGGAGACACAGAAUCCUACGCAGGUAGGAACAGCACUUCAAGUUUUCUACAAUCUUGGAACCUUAAAGGAAACUAUCAACAGUGUAGUCGAUGGGUAUCGAGUAUCUCUGGAAGAUAAUGUCAGUAAUGCUUUGGAUAUAAAAAUGCUAACUCAACCUAUUCAAGCCACCUCAAGAGGACCAGGAAGAGCCACAAUGCCGACUCCAGGCAACACGCCAGCAUUUCGUGCUGCUCUUUGGACGAAUAUGGAGAAACUAAUGGAUCAAAUUUGUGCUGCAUGUGGGCAAGUGCAGCAUUUGCAGAAAGUUUUAACAAAGAAAAGAGACCCAGUGACACACAUCUGCUUUAUUGAUGAAAUAACUAAGGACAAUCAAGCAGACAUAUUGUAUACUUUCUGGAACUCUGUCACAGAAAUCUUGACUCUGAAAUUCCAACAGGCUACAGAUUCAUCCACAUUCCUGAAGCAAGCGUUUGAAGGAGAAUAUCCAAAAUUGUUGCGAUUAUAUAAUGAUCUGUGGAAACGGUUGCAACAGUAUAGCCAAAGUAUACAGAACAGUAUAACAACUGGUGGAAAUUCAGACUCACCCCCUGAACUACCAGCGGCAGAGGAAGACACACAAGACCUAUUUAUGUUGAAGAAGCAAGACUAUGACCCUGAGAAAGCCCUGAAAGAUUCUCUCCAAUUCUAUGAGUCUGCAUAUCUCUCAAAAUCAUUAUCACGACUGUUUGAUCCAAUCAACCUUGUUUUUCCUCCUGGAGGACGUAAUCCACCUUCAAAUGAUGAGCUUGAUAGCAUCAUUAAAACUAUUGCAAGUGAAUUCAAUGUGGCCUCUGUGGAUCUAAACUUGAGUCUUGCUGUUGCAAGGAACGUUGCUAAGACCAUCCAGUUAUUUGGAGUAAAAUCUGAACAACUUUUGUCCACACAGGGUGAUGCUAGUCAAGUGAUUGGGCCACUGACUGAGGGACAGAGAAGGAAUGUAGCAGUGGUGAAUUCGUUAUACAAAUUGAAUCAGUUAAUGUUGAAGGUAUUAUCUACAUUGAGCUCUUUACCUUCAGCUGCUGAACAAACAAUUAGAAUGGCUUUGGAGGCAAUUCAAGCUCUCAUGGGAAAUGCAGUUCAGCCAUUACUAAAUUCUGUGGAAGACUCAGUUGAGGCUAUUAUUAUCACUAUGCACCAAGAAGACUUUGCUGGGUCUUCAUCUGGGAAGCCAGAGGUCCCAUGUUCUCUUUAUAUGAAAGAAUUGCAAGGCUUUAUAUCACGUAUUGUGAAUGACUACUUUAAAAACUUUGAGUGCAUGGAUUUCAUCUAUGACAGUACAGAAAAUAUUGCACAGAGAGCUAUUCAGCUAUUUAUCCGUAAUGCAAGUCUACUGAAAUCACUGGGGGAAGGAGGUAAAAUGAGAUUAGCUGCAGAUUUUGCACAGAUGGAAUUAGCAGUGGCACCCCUUUGUAGAAGAGUAUCUGAUCUAGGAAAAUCUUAUCGAUUACUGCGAUCAUUCAGACCAUUACUCUUCCAGACAAGUGAGCAUAUUGCUAGUAGCCCAGCUGUAGGGGAUAUUAUUCCAUACAGUACCAUUCUUCACUUCCUAUUCACCAGAGCACCACCUGACCUAAAGCCACCACACCAGAGGGCAGAGUGGUCUAUAGCUCGAUAUUCUCAAUGGCUUGAUGAUCAUCCAUCAGAAAAGGAUCGACUAAUUCUCAUCAGGGGUGCUCUUGAAGCUUAUGUUCAGUCAGUACGAGCGAGGGAAGGAAAGGAAUUUGCUCCAGUAUAUCCAAUAAUGCUACAACUUCUCCAAAAGGCAAUGAUCAAUGUACAAUGAAGGUUUUUAUUUCCUGAAACAAGACGUCUCAAUCCUUGGAACUACUUGCCUGCAUUGUUGGAUAACUGUUUAAUGUAAAUAUCAGUUACAAAGGGAAUGGGGGAUUUGAAUUUUGGUAAUCUUUGUGGGAGUUUCUAAAUAGUUUAUUAUCUUUAAAAAUCAGUUAGAAAGAACUGUUAAUUCAUUAACCAUUUUGUCAUAGUGUCUCACGAACAGCAACAACAUAAAUUGUGUUGGUGGCAUUAAGUUUAAUCAGUGUUGUGCAGGACAGUGAAGAAACCUUUGCUUCUCUGCGCAGUCCAUGAAUGGAAAAGGGCUCAAUUUAAUACCUCAUCCAUUGAUUAUAUUAGAAAACUGCACCCAAUCUAGAUGCUGUUCUAAUUUGAAUUAUGUACACCAAAUCAGCUGCUUAAAGUCAGGGGCUGAGAAUGUUUUCUGGGUCUUUCCCCAUGAAGUCAUUCAUAUGAAACAUUGAGUUUAAAGGAAGUAUAACAAAGGUUUAGCACUGGAGAAGGUGCAUGUCAUGCUGACUGCAACUUAAUCUGCUCACUUACCAUUUUAUGCACAAGCCUUUUGACCUAAUGAUGUAGGGCCGAAGAAUUGGGAGAUAAAUUGUCAAACUGAAUCCAGUGUAGCCACGCACCCUUGUCACAUGGGUACUUUAAGGUCUGUCUUUAGGUGUUUUCAAAUACAUUGAGGGGAAGGGUAGGCAAUGAUGCUCAACACUCUCCCUCAUAUCCCCCAGCAAUUUUGUUGUUUUCCCUCUCUCCUUCAAUACUCUUCCAUUUUCAGCCCAACAAACCUGAUUUGCCAUUUAAAGGAGAUGAUCUGAUAAUCCUCACCUCCAGUUUCCUGUUUUAUCCCCAUAAAAAAUUGUUUCUCAGCCUUGAAUAUACCUAGCCUUAAUAGUCUUCUGUGGUAAAGGAUGCCACAGAUUCACAACCCUCAGCAGAAAUUCCUCAAUCCCUGACAAUGUUCAUUCUGCAGCAGCUGGAAGUAAUGGAAGGUGAGUCACAAGAGGAGAUGGAGAUUUCUUUAGGUACUUGCAAACAUAACUGAUUUAAAAGAUUCUUAUAGCUAGUGUAAAACUAGUAGAACUACAAGUAAAUCAGUCUCGUGCAAACAAGCAAAAACCUUUUGGUUCUGGCCAUCUGAUUGCAAAGCUGGUGGAAUUAUGGAGCUACCUGGACAGGUAAAACGAGCAAUUAGAACAUCAGAAGUUUCCUUCGAAGUUCCUCAGAUGCAUGCGUGUUAAGACUGCAUGUUAACUUAUGGCCCAAAUCUUUCAAUAAUGGAGAGAGACAACUGAAGGUUUUGCUUGAGCUAAUGUCGAUUAUGUACUUUAAAGGUUGGACCUUCAAUAAAUGGUACUGGCCUCCAACAAUGUGGAUUUAAAACUUAAAAACUCUCUGCUGAAUAUUUAAACUGAUUAGCAAAAUCCUGUAUAAAUAUCAGAAUUAUUGUAUAAUAUAAAUGGAUUUUAAAAAACAUUUUGAUGUAGAUAAAAUGGUUUGUAGCAUUUUAUGUACUUGGUUUAUUGUAAAAACAUAUGACAGUAUCAAGAAUUUUGACAA